GCUUUCAAAGCCUAAGGAAUCAAGUGGGAGAAAAAAAAACAUUCCUCCCAAAAAGCUUCGUAUGACCUGGAAAAGACCCGCUAUUGAUUGUAAAGCUAGAAUUAGAAUAAUAUGGUUAGCGGCCUUAAGUAUAGUUAGAAUUGAGAGGUGA